AUGCUAUGGCAAUUUGCCCUAUUUUAUUGUUGUCAGCAGAUUUUCUCGAUUUUCUAUAACUUCUCACCGCCGCUGAGUUGUGCCGAUGCGAAUUUUCAUUUUUCGAAGCCAAAGUGCAAAUUGUCAAAGUGAGUUCUAAACUAGACUCUAGUUUAAAGGUGCUUACAGUACUACCCGAGAUUUUUGGCGCGAAUUUAGAAAAUUCAAAAUUGUAUUGCCACGUGGCAUUUAGGCUUACUGUAGCGACAAAAUUUCUAUGAGCCUUGAAGAAACUUUUUUUCAAAUUAGGUAUGUUCUAAACUAGACUGUAGUUUAAAGGUGCUUACAGUACUACCGAAGAUUUUUGGCGCGAACUUUGAAAAUUCAAAAUUGUAUUGCCACGUGGCAUUUUAGCCUACUGUAGUGACGAUAUCCAAUUUUCAAAAAAAAAAACGAAACUUCGGUGAGCCUUGAAGGAACUUUUUUUCAAAUUAGAUAUGUUCCAAACUAGACUCUAGUUUAAAGGUGCUUACAGUACUACCCGAGGCAUUCAAAAAAUUCAAAAUUGUAUUGCCACGUGGCAUUUUAGCCUACUGUAGUCACGAUGUGGAAUUGGGCAUUGAAGAAAUGUUUUUUUCAAAUUCUUUUCUAAACUAGACUCUAGUUUAAAGGUGCUUACAAUACUACCAAAGAUUUUUGACUUACUGUAGCCACUUGAGAUCUGAACAGAGGUUCGAGCUCUCUUCGAGCGAAGCGAGUGUAGACCGCAAGCUUCCGCGCAGCGGCCUUUGCCACGUCAUAGCCAACCCCUAGUGACCAACAUAAUAUUCAGAACAGAGAUCUGCGAAGAGCUCACCACCAAUUGCUCCCAAAUAACCGUCGGCGAUGCCCCAUUCCACUCAAUGGUCCAAGACUUCAAAAUGUUCUGCGGAUCCGCCGCCUACAAUGCCGCGUGGGUGGCCACAAUUCAAUUCCUCGGCGUUCUCAUCGGCACCGUCACCUACGGUCAUCUCGGCGAUCACUUCGGUCGAAAACCCGUCUCGCUGUUCGGCAUAAGUGUUGGUGUGAUCUUUGGGGUCGCGUCAGGUUUCGCACCAACCUGGCAGCUCUUCGCCGCCUCUCGAUUCAUCUGCGGAACUUCCAUCGCUUGUAUUCUCGUGGUAUUCUAUGCGUAUAUUUUGGAAUUUAUUCUCCCCGAGCAACGGGUCUUCCUACGAUCAUUUUUCAAUUGGGGAUAUGCUCGAGUCAUCUUCACGUUAGUAUGUUUUGUGUGCGGAUAUUGGAGAUCAGCAGCAAUCGCAACAGCAUUACUAGCCUCGCCAAUCAUCCCAAUUCUAUUCUUCCUUCCCGAAUCUCCCAAAUGGUAUACCACAAAGGGAAGACUCGCUGAAGCUGAAAAAGCGGAGAGGCAAAUUGCCAAACUCGCCGGAAUCGCAUACAUCGAAGAGUCCAAGGUUGAUGAAGCCAAAGAUCACAGGGAUACCACAAUUUACACAAUGAAGGAUUUGUUCACCUCAUGGCCAAUCGCUUAUCGAACAAUUGUAGUGGGAGCACUUUGGUUCUCCACAAGCCUGUCGGCUUUUGGUUCGGAUUUGAAUUCGGGGAACUUGGCGGGGAAUUUCUAUUUGAGUCAAUUUGUGUCGGGAGGUGUUACGGCCUUUGCGAAGAUUGUGAGUUACCUGGGGCCUUUCCUCCCCCCCAGGCUGGGGGAGGGAGGGGGGAGAUGCAAAAUCAGAUUUUUUUAAAGUUCGUAUUCAUGCUGGACACGUGGAUCCCCUCCUUCGAUCGUCGCAAGCUUCAUCAAUAUCCGCAAGUGGCAAUGUUGCUAUGCUACAUGACGAUUAUGAUUCUGAUGGUUUUGCCGGAAUCUGAUUGCUCACAUCAGGGAUCGAGAGAUCUAGCGAGUAGGUUACGGGGUAGGGCGGGAAGCACAACGAGACUCCGCAUUUACGCCACCUCAAAAGCUUUGUGAUAAUGCUCUAAACUAGACUCUAGUUUAAAGGUGCUUACAGUGCCACCCGAGAAUUUUGAAAAUUCAAAAAUUUUAUUGCCACGUGGCAUUUUGGCUUACUGUAGUCACAAUGUCCAAUUUUCAAAAAAAAAAAAACAAAAUUUCAGUGAGCCUUGAAUGAACCUUUUUUCAAAUUGUGUUCUAAACUAGACUCUAGUUUAAAGGUGCUUACAGUACUACCAAAGAUUUUCGGCGCGAAUUUUGAAAAUUCAAAAAUUUCAUUGCCACGUGGCGCUUUUUGGCUUACUGUAGCCACGUGGACACACAAUGACGUGAAAAAUAGACCAAAAUUUCAAACGAGAUUCCAUAUUUGCGUCACUCAUAAAAGCCCUGAUGGACCAUUUUUCAAAUAUUUUCAAAACUAGACUCUAGUUUAAAGGUGUUUACAGUACCACCCGAGAAUUUUGGAUUUUUGGCUCACUGUAGCCACGUGGACACACAAUGACGUGAAAAAUAGACCAAAAUUUCAAAUGAGACUCCACAUUUACGUCACUCAUGUUAUUUUCUAAACUAGACUCUAGUUAAAAGGUAGACUGUAGUUUAAGCUAUUAUCGAAAAUCUCAUCGGUACCACGCGCUCCACCGAAAUAAACACGCAACGCAGACCGCGCCGCGCCACAACACACACAAAUAAGGGAGGGAAUUCGAGUCGUUCCCUUAUUUGUGUGUGUUGUGGCGCGACGCGGUCUGCGUUGCGUGUGGAGCGCGUAGUGCCGAUGAGAUUUUCGAUAAUACUAUGGCUAGUGAAAAUCUACAAUACUACAGAAAAAAAAAUAUUUUCAGUCGUGAUUGUGAAUAUAAUUGGUGUGAGUUUCAUCGAACUAACCUGGGAUGCGUGCUAUCUCGUCGCCGUCGAAUGUUUCCCCACAAAAAUCCGAACAAUCGGCAUCGGCACUUGUUCGCUUCUCGCCAGAACCGGCGCCCUUCUCGCCCCACAAAUGGCCUACCUCUCGAACAUCUAUAAACCGGCGCCAUACGCCGUGGUUUGCAGUAUUGGUGUUGUCUCGUUGCUCGUCUCCAUAUUCUUCCUUCCCGAUACGAAAGGAGUGGAUUUGGCGAACUUGGAACCGACGGAUGAGUUGAAGUAUGAUCAUCGGAUGAGUGUUGGUGAGAAUGUGAUUAUUCAAAGGAGAAUGACGGAGGUCUCGCAGAGAAGAGAGACUAAUGUUAGUAAAGCAUAA